AAUCGAUCGAGAUGAUGAAGAGUCUUUGGCUUACUUUAGGAGCUCUAGUGAUCCUAUUCUCCAGUACAUCUUCCCGCCCAACUUCUCAAGGAUCUAAAAUAGUCGGAGGUCCACAUGAAAAUAUCAGAGAUUCUACACCACGCGACAAACUGAUUGCUCAUCCAGACCGUCAGAAAAGAGCCGAAAAUUAUUCUCCACCACAAUUCAAACCGAACAAGUUUUUGCAUCGUCUGAAAAGAGCAGAAAAUGACUAUGCCUAUUCACUACUCAUGAAACGUAUUCCAAUGCUUGCUCGUGUCGUGAGUGCAAUUAGCCUCUAUAAUGGAUUAGUUGACAACUCGAUUCCAUCGGAUGAAGCUAUCACUGACUUAUUGAAUAUUGGAGGUGUCAAACUGAAAGACUUGGAGACGUUCGAUAAGACAAAGGUGGAUGAUGUUAUUGCAAAAUGGGAGGAAGCCAGUGAAAAAAUAUCAGGAGCAGGCUCUGUGGAUCUUCAUAAAGCAAUUGUAGAUGCUCAAACUGUCAGAACAAUGUGGAAGAAUGUUGGCGAUUUGAAUAGUAUUCCGGACAAAGAAGCAUUCAAAGUUUUCGAAAAAAUUGAAAAGCUUGAUUUGAAAAUUUUCGAGAUAUUUGCGGUGAGUGAAACACUGAAGUUAUUGGACUCACGAGCAUCAAUUGCGACUGCGAAAAAGUCUCUAGAAGCAAUUAUCAAAUCAGUCAGAAGUGCAAUCGAUGCAACCAACGGAGGUUUGGACACUCUUUCCAAAUUGGCACCAUUUCAUUCGGCUGUGAAAGUAUUCAGUUUCUACGAGAAUUCCGCGUUCAAAGAUAUCAUAAUAUCAAAAACAAGCGAUGUGAACUCGAUGGAUGCAGACAUCGAAAAUAUUAAGAAGCUCCCAGUUACUACUAUUUUCAAGAUGAUGAGCACAGUGGCUUCACGUUCUACAAACAUCUUUGGCAAAUACACUGCAGGCUUCUCAAAUGGUGUACAGGACUUGCAGAAGAUUGAAGUGGAUUUAAAGGAUGAAUGGAUUCAGAAAACCAUGAAUCGUACGGUUGACGGGUUGAAGAACUUCAAAGAACUGGGUACAACUGCUGCAGUGUUGGAUGGGAAGUUGAAAGGAGUUGGAACUAUGAAACACUCAGCUUCGGAAGCUGCUCGUUUAGAGAAGCUUAUUGAAAACUCACGUAAUGAUCAAAUAUCAGCAAAGAAGGUGAUUGAUUCGAUCAUACUAUGCAAGUAUUUUUCUGUGGGUAGUCAUGUGAAAUCAGUGGUAACAGCAAGUCAGAAUUCCCAGUUAUUAGAACGUACGCUCAACGCUGUUAAAAAGAUCUCUGAAUUGAUUGCUACGUCGAAAUUGGGAAACUCGCUGGAUUCAAUACCUGUUGAGACACUCAAAACUUUCACUCGUCAACUGAAGUCGAGUGUUGCACUGAUCAAGAAUCGUGAAACAGUGGCGUUGCUUGCCACUAAAUUAAAAUCAGAAUCAGACCUAAUUGUUGAAUUUAAAGAAAAUGGUAUUGUUAAACCUGUCAUUGGCGUUUUUGACUGUCUGAAAAACAAGAAAGACGACUUUGGUCCAAUUUCAAAUGUUCUAGAAGUAGCAUUGAAGCUCCGUGAACUGAAAAGCGAUCAGCAAUUCUUCAAAAAUCUAGAAACAGCGUCUUCUGGAAUUGCUGGAUCUUCUUCAUCAAUCAAACCUGUACGGGAUGCGCUUUCAAAUAUCAAGAAAAACAAAAAUACUGGAGAAGUUGGAAUGUUGAAGGACUUACAAAAGUAUUCGCUUCCUUUGGGAAGUGUUGCCACUGCUAUUGUGAAUUCCGGCAAGGUUCUAGAGAAAAAAGCUGCACUUUAUUCAAUUAUUGAAGAUGGAGAUACUGUUGAAGAAGGACUGAUUAGUGUGAGCAGUGAAGCCUUGAAUCUUGCGGUUGGCUCCAAAUACGGCGAUUUUCAUGCUCUUCAACACAGUUUGGUUCUUCUUUUGGGAAAACUUGAAUCCUGGAGAUCAAGCAUCAAGAAGCCAGCUAAUGACACUCUUGUUGCUCUUACUGCAAUGUUCAAAGGUCUCAGUCAACUUCCGAGUGUGGACAUCCAAGCAGAUCUGAAGAUUUUGGCGAUUGAUGAAUUAUCACAAAAAUUGAAAGACGAUUCCCAACAACAGAAGCUUGACGAGCUCAAGAGUUCACUCCAAAGUGUUGAGCCAUUGGAUCUACAAUUUUCAAAAUUCAAUGGACCAUUGAACGACAUUUCAACAACUCUAAAUGGUCUUGCAUUGGUGUUCUCAAAUGCAAAUAAGGAUACUUUGAGUGGAAAGACCGCAGGUGACAAUGGCGACUCCUCAAAUAGCAACAUGAUCAUCAUUAUCGAAGUCUCAAUUUUAAUUCCUCUUCUCAUCCUUAUCAUCGUUGUGCUUAUUUUGUGGUCCAGAAAAUUACUGUGUUUUAAGAAAAAAGACACCAAGCCCUCUGCCCCCAAGCCAAAACCAGAUGUUCCGGUCAAUCCUACGCCUCAAACUGCCAAAGUUCCAGUUGCUCCUGCACCUCCAGCUAAAGAUGAGAAGCCGAAGGACGUUAAUGUUAAGAAAGCCGAGACCGAGAAGCCAAAAACUGAAGUUACGCCGAAACCUGCACACAAAAGCGCUGCCAGUAAAGUCGAUGCAACCAACACGAAAACUGAGGAUCAAAGUACUGACCAAAAUCGUACCACCGAGUCAGUUGGUCAAACAACAGAAACUACUGGAAAUACUACUACUGAGGAGGGUGCUGUUCCCAUUGAUUGGCCAAAAGAUGUGAAACCACCACCGAGAAACCUGAAAUUGAACAUUAAUGAGAUUUAAAUGCUAUUUUUUGGUGAUGAGAGAGAACUGAGAAUAAAUUGAUGAAUAUGAUU